CAAUGGUUGUAGUUGUUGCCGCUGCCGACGUCGUUGAAAACAGCAGCAGCAGCAGCGGGAGCGGUAGCGGAAGCGGUAGCCGGACCGUGAACGGGAUCGAAAUCGGGAACUACGACGACGACGACCAAUUGCCAGCGGCAUUAACGCCGGCCAGUGCCAUCGGUACACAACAAGCAACGGUUGCCAAUAACAAUCAUACUGAUAAGGAGAAGAACACUACAACGACUGUCCAGCAGGUGGAGGAGGAGCAAGAGCAGGAGCAGGAGGAGGAGGAGGAGCAGGUGGAAUCGGUGCCAGUGGCAGACAACAACAAUACCAACUAUAUUAGCGACAACAUUGCCAAUAAUAAUACCAACAUUAGCAUGACGGAUGCGGCGGCCAAGGGCAACGGCAGCGAUGCCAUCAAAGCCUCAACAACAGCAGCUACCAACACAUCGUCGAUGGGAUCGGUUUCGGGCGUGGCAGUGCCCACCAAAAGUGCCGUCAGUCAACGGAAUGUGGACAUUAAGAUCGAGAAGACCAGCAACAUGGAGGCGGCCACACAGCAGCUUACCAAGAAGGUCCUCAAACUGGAUUUGGGUGGCAAGAAUCUCGAUGAAUACUCCCUCAAGUCACCCAAGUCACCUAUAGCUGCACGUUUGCCGCAUCAAACAUCGCUGACGUCGUCGGUGGAUGUGGAGGACAGGAAGACAUUACGAGAGGCCUUAUACCAGGGUAUAUUCCACCGACAUCGGCGCACCAUCUUUGCCGUUGGCAGCUUCCUGCGGAUGCUGCGCAGCCGCAAUUCGCAGUACAACACGAUACGUAGCUCGUCGGAGGGCGAGGAUAUCGAUGAGAAGCAGCAACAGCAACAUCAGCUGGAGCAGCAACAGCAGUUGGAGCAGCUAGAGGAGCAUCUUGAGCCUAACCAGCCUCUGACCCUGCCACAAGAACAAGAAGUAGCCACCACAUCGUCAUCAACAUCAUCCGGACAGCAGCGACAAUCGGAAUCGUUUUAGAAGGCCCUUGCUGCUUGCUUUUGAAUAUUCAUUUCAAUUUCAAUUAGAAGAUUUAUUCCAUAUUAUAUACCUUCGCGUAUUAACAAUUACCAUUGCCAUAAAAUCCUUUGUUUUUUUUUUUUUCUUUGUAACUACUCACUACUUCUAUGAUUUUCGAAAUUCAUUUCAUUGUAACUAUUUUCAAGCUGUCGCUUAGUUGUAGAGAAAGUAUAUAUAUACUUUGCAAAAUUGAGUAUAGGAGUAGAGAAAGUGAUAAGAAAUUGAUUAGAAUGGGCGUCAGCAUAUGAAUAUAUAUAUUAUAUUAAAUGUGGUUAGUAAAUUUUACUUACUACCCAUCGUGCAACCAUAAAGACUAGCCACCACCUGUUGUGUUAGCCCGUAGAGAGCCAUAUUAGUUUCGUAAUAGUACCGAUCGAUCGAUCAUCAUCUGCGUAUCCUCUCUGCUGCUUCAUUACGUUCCUGGUUUUGAAGCAGAUCGCCUUAUCUUAACUGCAACCCACUUAGGCUAAAGCUAUAGCUACAACUAAACCUUAAACUAAUGUCUAACUGAGCCCAAAGCUGAACUUGAAGCACACUUACUUAACACAAAAAAAAAACAAAACUUGAUUGUAUUUCAACUCAGCACCUCUUCAUUCUGUGUCCGUCUGUUAUAUAUCUUUAAGAUCUAAAAACCUUCUGCCAGUUCUGCUUAUCUUCAAAGUGAUUAUAGAUUUAAAUCUUUAGUAACUAUAUUCCAAUAAAUAAAUUUGUUUUUAUAUAUUAUACAUAUAUAUCACAAUCAUUUCAAUAAGUCAUUAAUUAAGAGAGCUUCAAAUUCACUUAAUUAACUGCGUAAAAUGGUAUCAGUAAUGUAAGAGCUUAGCCAUUCCAUACCUUAAUUGCAUUUAAAUCCUAUACGGAAGCUGUGCUGGGUAUCAAAAUAGUCGAUUUAAGAUCGAUUAUCAUUUUUAUUUUCUCCAUUUUUUUGGUAUACUGAUUGAAUAAUCAUUUUUUAUUCCAUUUUUAAGCAUGUAUAUGUCAUUUUUCAUUGCAAAGGGAACAAAAACUUAUAAAGCAGCGAAUGAGGAGAAAGAAAUGUGUUUUUUAAACGAUGAACAAGUUGAUAUAUUGCGCCUAGACCUAAAAUAUAUAUACAUAUAUUGCUAUAUGUAGCCACUAUAUACCACUACUAUAUAUAUAUAUAUAUAGGUAGUGUAUAUGGUUAUAGUUAUAGAACAUACACAUACACACAAUUGUUGUUGUCCCCCAUAUAUUAUAUAUAUAUAAACAUGUUAUAUGUAAUUAACUUUGAUUUGCAAAAACCCCAAGACCCAUUAAAUAGUAUAAAGACAUUAAACAUUAACUAUAUAUAUACUAUAUAUUUUAGAGAAUUUUUUUUUGUAUUUGUUCGUUUCGUUCGGUAGAGUUUAGAUGUUUUAAAAGAAAGACGUUUUGUACAGAAAACACAAAAAAAGACAGACAAAUCGCGACGUCACAACACACAAAAAAAAGACAAAAGAACGAUAUGUAACAUUUGGUAAAUUAUAAACUGUUUCAAGCGUAGUCACUCUACCACCCAUUAUUACUCCCGAUUUGAUUUGUCGAUUUUUUGGAAACAAUAAAACCCCAUGAAAUGCUAUAUAAUUCGUCGAGUCUUUUCUCUAAUUUCUCUCUGCAUUCUUUCAGUUCCUCAAGAGGCGUGGCUCGAAGCUACUGCGUUUCCCUCACCUCUUCGAUCGUUGAUGCCAGA